AGUAUUUUGAUGCUCACCAGGUUCUAUGCAUCAUCAGUUACACAUCUACUGUCAGAGUUACGACAGUAUUCAAUCAUUUUCAGUGUAUUUAAAACAGUGUCACCGAACGAUCCGAACGUCUUAAGCAAAAUGUAUGAAACCACCAAUCAAAUUGCAAUAUAUCUUUUACUUUUCACUUUACGCAACGUGAUUGUAGCAGCUGAUCCAAACGUUAUAACCAAAUCGGAAUGGAAUGGCGUUGAGGCGUCCAAUGAGCUCACUAGGCAAUCUUUGCCAGUGGGCCGCGUCGUAAUUCUGCACACAGCUGGGAUAGACUGCACUGAUGUGGAUAUCUGCUCUCAGCAAGUUCGAAACAUCCAACAUUUUCACAUGCAAAACUUUAAUUUCGAUGAUAUUGCCUAUAACUUUCUCAUCGGCAAUGAUGGCAAUGUUUACGAGGGACGCGGCUGGGAUUAUAUCGGUGCUGCUAUCAAAAAUUAUAAUGUGGGUGGUCUUAGCUUGGCUUUCAUGGGCACAUUCGUGAAGACCACUCCCAGCGCCCAAGCAUUAGACGCGGCUCAAUCCCUAUUGGAAAUGGGUGUACGGACGUCCAAGUUAAUUGGGGACUAUAAGCUUUUCGGGCAUCGCCAAUUAUCGCCAACGGAAAGUCCGGGCGCGGCCUUGUAUGAGAUCAUAAAGCAGUGGCCACAUUGGAGUCGUAGCAUUAGUUGAAAAAAGUACCCAUAUAUGCCAUUUGUUACCUGUAAAGUAAUCCCAAAUAUACCUACAUAUAUGCAACAUU